UGCUACACGCAGCCUACGUCCGUCACGUGAUAUCGGUGCGAUACGGCGUUACGAUAGGUUUCGAGUCACGGCCGUAUGAAGUGCACGUGAGCUUCAAAUGAACGGGCUGCCGUUUCAUUCAGAAACUACCAAGCCGCGGUUCUAUUAGCCGCGUCUCGAAUCUGCCUGUAUCUCUUCGCAUUGCUACCGCACACGUCACGCAGUCGACACUGACGGUACAAAAUGACGCUGCAAGCGAUCAAAUGGGAAAACGGCAAGCUGGAAAUUCUUGAUCAGAUACUGUUGCCGGCUAUCUCCCGAUACAUCCCCGUCAAAGGCGUGGAGGAUGGCUGGAAAGUCAUCAAUAAGAUGCAGAAUGAGUUGUAUUAGUUGUGGCUUAUUCAACUGGGAUUGUCUAGGUUCGAGGUGCACCGGCUAUAGCUAUCGUAGGCUGUUUAAGUCUUGCCAGUGAACUAAUGAAAGAAGAUCCGGUAGACAAAAAGAGUCUUCGACAGGAUGUCGAGGGUAAAUUAAAUUAUUUGGUAUCGGCGCGUCCAACGGCAGUUAACAUGAAGAUUGCGGCGGAUGAAUUAAUUCAGUUGGCCAAUAGGCUUAGUAAAGAUCAAAAUGUUACAAAAUCGGAAAUGAAGGAAAGGUUUCUCAAGGCCAUAGAAGCUAUGCUGGAGAAGGAUAUCGAGGACAAUAAAGCUAUUGGAGAUUUCGGAGCACAAGAAAUUUUGAAGCAUACAUCUGGGGAUAAUUCGGUCAGGAUUCUGACGCAUUGUAAUACUGGCAGCCUUGCGACAGCAGGUUAUGGCACAGCUUUAGGUGUUAUUAGAUCUCUACAUAAGAAAAAUAGUCUUGAACACGCAUAUUGCACUGAAACUAGGCCAUACAAUCAAGGAGCAAGGUUGACUGCGUACGAAUUGGUGUAUGAAAAAGUUCCUGCUACCUUGAUUUGCGACGAUAUGGUUGCGGCGCUGAUGAAAUCCAGAAAUAUAUCCGCCGUUGUAGUUGGCGCGGAUAGGGUAGCCGCUAAUGGGGAUACAGCCAAUAAAAUAGGAACUUAUCAGAUCGCCAUAGUCGCUAAGUACCACAAUGUUCCUUUCUAUGUAGCGGCUCCACGGACUUCCAUAGACUUCAGUAUUCCCAGUGGCGACCAUAUUGUCAUCGAAGAGAGGCCAGACAGAGAAAUGACUCACGUAAACAACCAACGAAUCGCCGCACCUGGAAUUCAGUGUUGGAAUCCAGCGUUCGACGUAACUCCAGCUAGUCUGAUCAAAGGCAUUAUCACCGAAGUUGGAGUCUUUAGACCCGAGGACCUGGCGCGGUUAAAGAACUAUGAGAACUCAUAAAAUGUCAGCUGACACGGACAAUAAGAGCUUUUCCAUGCAUUCGUAACGGAUUAAUUGGUGAUUCCAGUGUUAAAAAUUGUUGGCAAGCCUUGUUUAUUUAAAACUUAGUGUUACAAUAAAAUUGUUGGCAUGUUACGCUUAUUUAAAACGUUAAGUCUACUAAAGAAGCGCAGCAAGAUGUACCAAGGACAUACGUGUUUGCGUUUAAAAAUGCCUUAUUAACUUUGCUGUGAUUUUUAAAAAUAUAUUUAUAGUGAUAAAACGACUGAACAAUAAUCUCGCUGUUAUCGCGAUCAUGAGAAAACAAAACAAUCCGGCGGACUCUCGAAACCACUCGUCACUGCGAUUUAAAUUGAUCCGCGUGUCAUCAGAUGGCGAUGCGAGCACAAAAUUCAAAGCGACCACUGUACAUUCCCGUUCUUUGAUCUUAAUCAUCCGAUGCGCAAACAAUUUAAUUUUAUCACGAAAUGGAUUGUUUAUUGUGAUUGUAAAUACACUCGAAAACACGCGAUUAAAUUUACGUAUGACUCACAGAAUUCCUUUC